AUGGCCAAUGGUACGCUAGCAGGCCUUCAAACAGCUGCCCAGAUCAAGGCACAAAUAGCUGCUAGAAGAGCCGAAGACGAAGCACGUUUUCUUUCUACAGAUGCAGCACAGACUGGCAAGGGCACCGAGACGGUAUACCGUGAUGCUACUGGGAGGAGAGUGGACAUUGCUCUUCAGAGAGCGGAGGCAAGAAAGCGGAUGGAAGAAGAGGAAGAGAGAAAGAAGAAUGAACUUGAGAUGAAUCAGGGUCUGGUGCAACAGAGGGAGCGUGAGAUGAGACGAAGAGAACUGGAAGCAAUGAAGGUUGCACCAUUAGCAAGGCGAGCAGACGACAGAGAGAUCAAUGAGGAGCUGAAGAAAAGAGAGAGAUGGAAUGAUCCUGCAGCAGCAUUCCUGAAAUCCACGAGGAAAACGGAGGCAGCAGAAGGGUCCAAGCCAGUGUAUCAAGGUGGAUUCCCACCAAACAGAUAUGGUAUCCAACCGGGGUAUAGGUGGGACGGAGUGGAUCGGUCGAAUGGUUUUGAGAAGCAGUGGUUCACCAGACAAAACGAACGGGCUGUCAAGGAGGCUCAGUAUCAUUCUUGGGCAACAGAGGACAUGUGA